UAGGUCUGGGCAGAGCUUAACGUGUCCGUGUGUAUAGCUGUAUUUUUAUUUAUUUAUUUUUUCAGUUUUAUUAAUGGAUCGUUUGUGGAACGCAGUAAAAAACGAUUCUGACCUACUGUAGAAGAAAUAUCUUAGCGUAGCCAGAACCGAAAACGAUAAAUACAGCAAAGGGGACGUUAGAAGGACCAGUGCACCAAGGACAAAUAGGAAGUAAAAAAAAAACUACUGCUACUGAUAUUAUUAUUAUUUUGAUUAUUAUUAUUAUGAUACGCGAAAGGUAGGUGAUCUGGACCAUUAUUACGCACGCACGCACGCACGCACGCGCGCGCGCGCGUGUCUGAGCCACUGACAGCGUGGGUCAACAAUGUGGCAUGAAAACAAAACGAGAUCCGAUGCGAUUCUGUGACACGUUGAGAUUUUGCAGUGAUCCUGAGGACACGAUUCGGCUUUCACCGGCUGAUCUGAGCAUCUGACGCGUUUAUUCCAGUUUAUUGCAUGAUGAAUGAUGCAUGGAGAGAGCGGGUGGAGGAGUUAGUUAGUCUGAGCCCACAGCGCACAGUAUUUUACUAGAUCCUACCAGCCACCGGAGUCAUGUUUAGAAACAGCCUGAAGAUGCUGUUGGGGGGAAAAGCCAACCGGAAGAGCCGUAACAGCAGCGAUGGAGGAAGUGAAGAGGUCAGCGACCUACGGAGUGCCAGCUUAGAUCCUCACCACAGUUUCGCCGGCCAAGGUAGCAGCAUCGACAGUGAGUGUGCCUUUGAAGGAGACUACGACGUUCCGCCUCUUUCCAUGGCCGAGGGUCUACAGCACAUGCGCAUCAUGGAGGGGGUGUCUCGCUCCCUCCCCUCCUCUCCUCUUCUGGCUCAUCAGACAGUCAACGUGCGACUUCAGCCGGUGAAGAUGAUCAGCACCGGUUCAGCUACAGCCCCUCUACGGAAACUUAAGUUUGUGGAGAGCCCUCGCAUACCUGAGUUUGAUCUUGGCUCCCCUACACACACUGCUUCCCCAGCACAGAAUCCCACCCUGGACAGACAGUCACCUGGGGAAGUAGGUGAGGAGCUCGGCCCCCCUCCUUCAGUGGAUGAGGCUGCCAACACGUUGAUGACUCGCCUUGGCUUCCUGCUCGGAGACAAAAUGAGCGAGGGCCCUCCGGAGCUGCACUACAGCAUAGAGGAGGCCGAGGACGCGCAGGGCGUGGGAGUGAGCGGCAGGAUGAGUCCAUGCUCCACUCUGACCAGCAGCACAGCAUCUCCUCCGGCCUGCAGUCCCUGCUCCACUCUGCCUGCUGGAGCUCCAGGACAAGCCAUCAGCAGCCCCACCUCCACGCUGGAAAGCAGAGACAGUGGCAUCAUUGCCACACUGACGAGUUACUCAGAGCCUGCGGAUCGCAGUGCCAAGCAUGGAGAGGGCACUCGCGCCAGCAGCCUCAAACUUUGGCAUUCGCAACGCGCCACACUCGACUCUGGCCUUUACCGCCUUGAUGAAAACAUGGCUGCCUCCACCCACAGCCUCAACAAGAUUCCUGAACCCAGCUCCACCCACCACUCCACUCACCCCACCCCCCUGUACCUCAUGCCCCGCCCGAACUCUGUGGCAGCCACCAGUUCAGCUCAUCUAGAGGACCUGGCUUAUCUGGAUGAACAGAGGCACGCUCCGCUCCGGACUUCACUGCGCAUGGCACGCCAGAACAACAUGGCCUCCGGAAGAUCUGGCCAGGAUCUGAGAGCUUCUGCUAACCACAUUGCCUGGCAGUCCCAGUCACUGCGCUUCGCUCCAUACAGGCUCCAGGACAUAGCGCUAAAGCCGUUGCUCUUCGAGGUUCCCAGCAUCACAGUGGACUCUGUGUUUACGGGCCGUGAGUGGCUCUUCCAAGAAAUCGAUGCUCAGUUGAGCAGCACCAACCGUGCGACCAACCGGGGCGUGGUGCUCGUUGGCAACAUUGGCUUUGGCAAGACGGCCAUAAUCUCCCGCCUGGUGGCUCUCAGCUGCCACGGAAACCGCAUGAGGCAGAUUGCCUCCGACAGCCCACAGGCUUCACCCAAACAUGGAGAUGGACUUCCUCUUACACAGCCUCAGCCCACCCACGGUACGCUUGGAGGUGGCAGCUGCCCAGGAACUCCGGAGAUGAGGAGGCGACAGGAGGAGGCUAUGAGGAGACUCGCAUCUCAGGUGGUAGCGUAUCACUACUGUCAAGCUGACAAUGCCUACACUUGCCUGGUGCCUGAGUUUGUGCACAACGUGGCAGCUCUGCUGUGCCGUUCACCACAACUUAACACCUACAGAGAGCUGCUGCUGAGAGAACCACACAUUCAGAGCACACUCAGUCUGCGCUCCUGUGUCCAGGAUCCACUCAGCGCGUUCACACGAGGAGUCCUCGAGCCGCUGGACGCACUGUAUAAAGAGAGGAAGAUGACAGUCGAUGAAGAUUUCAUUAUUCUUAUCGAUGGUCUUAAUGAAGCUGAGUUCCACAAGCCUGAUUACGGAGAUACUAUCGUCUCUUUCCUUUGUAAGACCAUCGACAGGUUUCCAGCCUGGCUCAAGCUAGUGGUUACUGUUCGAACCACACUGCAGGACAUCACAAAACCCUUGCCGUUCCACCGUAUCUCACUGGAUGCCCUGGAGGAGAACGAUGCUAUCGACCGGGAUUUGCAGGCCUACGUGCUGCAGCGUGUUCAUGGCAGUGCUGAAAUCCAGAGCAACAUCUCGCUCAACGGUAAGAUGGAUGGCGCUGGCUUUGCCAAACUCAGCUCACACCUGAAGGCUCUCAGUCACGGGUCAUUCCUCUACCUGAAGCUGACCUUUGACCUGAUUGAGCGUGGCUACCUGGUGUUGAAGAGCUCCGGUUACAAGGUGGUGCCUGUGAGCCUGGCUGAAGUUUACCUGCUGCAGCUGAAUAUGCGCUUUCCUACGCAGUCGUCCUUUGAGCGAGCACUGCCCCUGCUCAAUGUGGCACUGGCGUCACUGCACCCACUCACCGAUGAACAGAUUUACCAAGCGGUCAACGCCGGGUCCCUCAGGGCCACGCUCGACUGGGAUGAUUUCCGACAGAGGAUGGAGCAGCUGGGUGUCUUUCUGGUGAAGAGGCGUGAUGCCACGCGUAUGUUCGUGCACCCAUCAUUCCGUGAGUGGCUUAUCUGGAGGGAGGAAGGGGAGAAGACCAAAUUCCUUUGUGAUCCCAGGAAUGGACACACACUGUUGGCCUUCUGGUUUUCCAGACAAACAAACAAACUCAACAGACAGCAGACUAUAGAACUAGGACAUCAUAUCCUGAAAGCACAUAUAUUUAAGGGCCUGAGUAAGAAAGUCGGGGUCUCCUCAUCCAUCUUGCAGGGGUUGUGGGCGUCUUACAGCACUGAGACUUUAUCCACUGCUUUAUCUUCUCUGAGAAACCUGUACACGCCUAACAUUAAGGUCUCCCGUCUGCUGAUGAUGGGGGGGGCAAAUGUUAAUUACCGGACAGAGGUGUUGAACAAUGCACCAGUGCUCUGUGUGCAUGCUCACUUGGGCUACAUGGACAUGAUUAACCUGCUGCUGGAGUUUGGGGCUAACGUGGACUCGGCAUCUGAGAGUGGCAUGACAGCACUGAGCUACGCUGCCACAGCGGGCCACCUGAACAUCGUCACCGCCCUCUGCAAGAAAAGGGCUAAGCUUGAUCAGCUAGACAGGAACGGUCAGUGCGCUGUGGUCCAUGCAGCUCUAAGGGGCCACAUAGAAGUGGUGAAGUUCCUACUGCACAGUGACUGGGGAGGUGAGGCGGCAAAGACCGUACAGCUCCACACUCCCUCUCCUACCAAAUCAUGUGACUCCACACAGAUGUCCAGCCCAGAGCAGCAGGAGAAAGAGCAGGAGCAAGAGGGAGAAGAGACUCCACAGGAGAAGGAGAAAGAAACAGAGCUCCCUGCUGAGCAGCAAGAGACCAAGGAAGAGUUGGAGCAUAAACGGCAGGAAGUUCAGCCUCAGCAGCAGCAUGAUGCCUUCAGGAAGAGUCACGCGAUACAGCAGGCUCUGGUAGCAGCAGCUAGUAUGGGACAUAUGGAGAUUGUGUCAUACCUGCUGGAUCUUCCCGAGACUGAAAAAGAGGCUACAGUGUAUGCCCAGAUGAACAACUAUGACACUUUGUGGGGGGAAACAGCACUGACUGCAGCAGCAGGGCGUGGAAAGCUUGAAGUUUGCCGGAUGCUGCUGGAGCAGGGCUCUGAAGCCGCUCAGCCGAACCGCAGAGGAGUCGUGCCUCUCUUCAGCGCUGUAAGCCAAGGACACUGGCAGAUUGUGGACUUGUUGCUGACUCACGGAGCAGACAUAAACAUGGUAGAUAAACAGGGACGAACUCCCCUGAUGAUGGCCGCUUCCGAGGGCCACGCAGAAACAGUGGAGUACCUUCUGGCUCAAGGUGCGUCCAUGCCCAUUACAGAUAAAGAAGGUCUUACUGCACUAAGCUGGGCGUGUCUAAAAGGACAUUUGGCUGUGGUUCGCUUACUGGUGGAAAGGGGUGCGGCGACUGAUCAUGCGGAUAAGAACGGGCGCACGCCUCUUGACCUGGCUGCCUUUUAUGGAGACGCAGAUGUUGUGCAGUUUCUUGUCGAUCGGGGUGCUUUGAUUGAGCACGUGGACUAUAGCGGGAUGCGUCCGCUAGACCGGGCCGUGGGCUGCCGCAACACUUCAGUGGUGAUGGCUCUCCUCAAGAAAGGAGCGAAGAUCGGAUGUCAGACCUUGCCAAGUCGGCACAAAGGAGGUCCAGCUACAUGGGCAAUGGCAACCUCGAAACCAGACAUCAUGAUGAUCCUGCUGAGAAAACUUAUUGAGGAAGGGGAUGGCUUCUAUAAGAAAGGCAAAGUGAAGGAGGCAGCACAACGUUAUCAGUAUGCUUUGAAGAAGUUUCCUCGUGAAGGCUUCAGUGAAGACCUGAAGCCUUUUCGAGAGCUCAAAGUCUCUCUGUUUCUCAACUUGUCUCGCUGCCGCAGGAAAAUGAAUGACUUUGGAAUGGCAGAAGAAUUUGCUACCAAAGCUCUAGAGCUGAAACCCAAAUCCUAUGAGGCAUACUAUGCUAGAGCUCGAGCUAAACGCAGUAGCAGGCAGUUUUCUGAGGCUCUAGAGGACCUCAGGGAAGCCAUAAAGCUAUGCCCCAACAAUCGCGAGAUUGUGCGCCUCUUGCAGCGUGUGGAAGAAGAAUUCAGGCGAGUCACCCAAGCGGAGGAGCCUGAGCUUGAGCCCCCACCAUCCCCACCCCCAUCCCCUAUACCUGUGGAGGAAGAAGAGGAGCCACCCCAUCAUACUCCACCCCCAGAACCACGACUGGAUGACAUGGAACCUGUGCAAGACCUUUUCGAGGAUGAUGACUUUCUGGAACAGGAGCUCGAGAGCAUGUCCAUUGGCCUUCCUCCUGAACGCAUCAAUCCAUCCAGCCUUCAGAUUAUCCACAGCCCACCUCUCUCACCUGUCACUUUAUCAGGAGGCCAAGCCUUUGAGUUCCACCCAAGCCCCUCUUCAUUGUCAUCUCCAACUCGCCAAAGCUACCAAUCAACCUCACCUUGUGUCUCUCCCACACACCAAAAUUCCCAUUACCGACAUAGUCCUCCACACACUUCUCCUGCCCAUCAAGCUUCCUACCGCUUCAGCCCUCCUCCUAUGGGUAGUGGAGGUCAGGGGAUGGAUUACCAGAGUCCCCCACCUUCCCCACUUCGUCGCACAGCACCAUACCGAGCCAGCCCCCCCUUGGAGAGUGUGUGUCUCUACCGUUCCCAGUCGGGAUCUCCUGUCCGCUACCAGCAGGAUCCUUUGCCCAGUCGUCCCAAAUCACCCCUAUCCAAGAUGAGCAGUCAACGCUCCUUUCAGCUUCAGUCACAGGCAUCCCAGUGCUCCCAGUCCUCGCAACACCACCAGGUCCAGGGCCUCCGACUGCAGCCUUCAGUGGCCCAGAUUGUACGCACCAACCAGCCUGGUAGUGGCAUCUAUGGCCAAUUGGCUCACCCACUCAGCAGGUACCAGGGUAGCUCCAUGGACAUAGACCGGGAAAGAGAGAGGGAGGCCCGUCUGGUAUACCAGCCCUCCUUGGAUGGAAGGUCCAUGUCUCAGGUACAGUCUAGUUUGAGUGUGGGUGCUCUGUGCCAGCAUGGAGGGCGACCUGGGCCUGGAGGAGUACUGGAAUCUGGAGUAGGGAAAGAUGAAGUGCCUCAACGCCCUGCCUCAGCCUACCGCUCUGCAACUGGAGGUCCAGGAGGAAUGCGCUUUAGCCAGACACCUCAAAUAAGCCGCAGCCAGUCUGCAGCAUAUUACCCUGUCUCUAAGCAUGAGCUGGAGAGAGCUGCAGCAGCAUCCUCCAUGUCCCCAUGCCAGCUAGGUUCACCUGAGAUCCCACAUCUGGUGCGUCGGCCCAUCAGUGCAAACACGGGUGACCUGAAACCACACAUGUCCACCCCUAGACCCCUAAUCCACUCUCAGAGCGUAGGUCUGCGCUUCUCCCCCUCCAGCAGCAAUAUAUCCUCAGGCUCUGGUUCUAAUUUAGCCUCUGGCUUCAGGCCUUCCUCCUCCAUGGCCCAGAUGGAGAUCCCCCUACAGGUGGCAUACGAACGCAGCUUUGAUGAGCCAUCCUCACUUUCGCCCUCACAAAGCGGCCUGUACCCCAGCGAGCCAGCCCGUUCCCGGACAACGCCCUUCAUGGGCGUCAUUGACAAGACAGCACGGACUCAGCAGCAGUACUUGCACCAGCCUUCUCGUGCAUGGCCAGUCACAUCUCUGGACAAUGUCAUCACCAGCCCAACAUCACCCGGGAACCUGAUUCACCAGGCAUCUACAGCCUCCUCCUAUAGCCCACCCACCUCAUUAGGUAACAUUGCCUACUACAACAAGACCAACAAUGCCCAAAAUGGGCACAUGCUGGAGGAUGAGUACUAUAGCCAGCCACAGCCCUCAUCCCUGGGCAAGCUGGCAAAUGGAGGGGCCCGUGACAGGGACCUCUUGGAACGGGUCAGUCAGGUGCCCACAUACCAGGAUGUGAAGGUGGCACGGACAAUGCCCGUGGCACAGGCGUACCAAGAAAACAUGUACCGCCAGCUCUCUCGUGAUGCCAGGCAAGGCCCCACCUCACCCAUUAAACCAAAGAGACCCUUUGUGGAAUCAAAUGUGUAACAAGGCCAUUAGAGUGUAACGGAUGUGUGAUAAGGAGUGAGUGUGUGUUUAAAUGUAGUGGUGGUCCAGUGUGUUAAAAUUACUAGAAAAUAUGUCAUUUUUUGAAACUCUUCUAACCCAGGGAGGGUCAUGUUGAUAUAUUGCAACUUCAUGAAAGAAAUUGCUAAUGCCUUGAUCUGUGCCUGCUUCUGGUAUACUUGAGGCAUAAGCUUUAGCGCUAGAGCAAAAGACUCGAGACACUUGGACUUAUAAUUCCAUGAAUAUGAUACUACUGAAUGUUCUUUAAAGCUCUGCACAUUAUGUGAAAGCACAUUUCUGAACCUUCCCUGAAUUGAAGCAACAAACAUGAGCGCACACACAGCUUGAGGAACAGUGCGUGUCUUGCAGUUAUUGUCCCACACGAGUGUGAGUGAGCAUCAUGAACAAAAAUGUGUGUGUCACGGACUGUUCGUGAAUUUAAAUGCUUAAAUCAUUUCCUAUCUUCAGUAGGCAUUUCCAAACAGGACUACUAGGCCUUCCAGAGUAUAUAAUGUUGGAUUAUUCAAUGCUGUUUAAUAAAAAAAAAAGAAAAAAAAAGCUGUAGUUAAAGAAGGAACACAAAGGAAUAUUUAUACCUGAGUUCGAUAAUGUACAAAUCAAAGCAUAAACCUAGUUUCCGUGUUUGUUUUAUUUUAAGUUAUCUUUAUUUUUGUAUCUUUUUUUUGGGCAGGAGAAAUGGUAGAUAAUAUUUUCAAAAAUGUAGAUUCAGAGUUUAUGGAUUUAAAGAGGGAAAUGUACAAACUUUCAGAACACCCCCCCCCCCCCCCAAAAAAAAAAAAAAAGUUAUAUCUUCGAUUUUACAAUAAUCACGUUUUCCUAAUUAAGAAAUGACUCUGGAAUGAAUGAAUCUGGAAAUACCCUGGAUAGAGAACGCAAGAUAAUUGUAAUGCAGACUCAAUUAGAAAUGAUCAUAAUUUAAUAAGUACUACUUCUUUUUAAUUAUUAUUAUUUUUUAAACAAACUGAAACAGUUUGUGUAAAUCUGAUCUCUGUGUUCUAUAAGUUUGUACAUGCUCUGCUCAACAUAUAAAAAGAUGUUUCAGGGGAUGUUGAAUAAGUAAUGGUAGUUCCUUUUUUAUUUUGAAACCGUUUAACAGUAACAGUAUUAUGCUAAAAUAUGAAAAGCAUUAGUAUAUUUAGCUAUAGUAUAUUUGUUUUAACCUUUCAGUGACAAUAUGAGGUUUUUUUUUUUUUUUUUUUUUUUAUGUUGUUGUUGUUGCACUGUAUGCCCAUGAAAGCUCUGAAGAAAAAAAAUAGCACUUUAUUAAUUUCAAUCUGAUGAUGGAUAAAUCAUACCGUAGGCAUGGGGAAUGGCUCAUUUGGAUUGAAAAUACUACGAAACUUAGAGUAAACACUGGAAUAUUAUUUGUGAAUUAAUUGUCCUACUAGAAAAUCAAGAUAGCAGUCAAUGUUUUUUGGUGCAAUCUUUUUUCUUUUACAAAGCUAAAGAAUACGCAGUAAAAAAAAAAAAGAAAAAAAAAGAAAAGUGAAAUUAUGUUUUUAAAACGCUAUGAAAACAUGUAUAUAAUAGCCUUUAUAGAGCACACUGUAUGUGCUGUAUAUACUGGCCAAAUGUGUUUAUGCGUAAGCAAUUCAUAACUAUUUCUCUAUAGCUAAAUCUUCACUGUUGCAGGGUUAUGGCUAACAGCUAAAAGACAAAUGAAUAACAGUAUCUAGUAUGAAGCGGUGAAUAAAUGAGGCAAGCGUGAAAAACGGGUCUCCGAGGUUCGGUAGCAUUCUGAAACACUUCCAAAAUGAUUUUUAUUAUAGAUUCAUAAACUUCAAGAAAUGUUUAACAAGUGUUUUUUUUUUCUGGAAAAGUCAUAAAAGCUCUCUGCAGUAGAAUGCAAUAUAGCCAUCAUGCAGUGUUCAAACUGUCUUCGGUCACAUCUUCUAAAUAAUUGACUCAGACAGCUACUGUCGUGAAGUAAGCCCAUAUGUUUUAAGUAUUUACACCAAUAUCCCUUCACCUUCUCACAUGCAGGACUAACCGUUAGUGCUCAAGAAGUUACAGUUAUUCAUCAAAUUAAAAGGAGCGAGGGACUACAAUGUUUCGUUCUUUAAGAAGGGAUCGUUUUCUCAGUGGAGAUUAUUUUGCUGUAAAUACAGAUGCAUGUUCUAUCCUCAGCCACCCCUAAGCUCAUGUGCACAUGCUGAAGUGUACUUGAUGUAUAUCUCAAAUGAAGCUGGUGCCCAAAUAAUUCAUACCAACCUCUCAUCUUUCCAGUCUUUAAUUAGGAAACACACUACUGACCUCUUAUGAGUUGAACUGGGCUUUUAUUUAUUUAUUUUUUAAUUUGCUUUUCAGUUCAUAUUACUGUACUUGCUUGCUGCGCUGAGUUCUCUUGUCUGUAAAUGUGAGCUUUCAGAGCGCUGUGACAAAGUUCUAUGACUACAAUAAAACAGAAUGUGUUUUUAUCAUA